AUUUCAUGGCUAACAUUGUUGGAUCAAUUGCGCUCUAUAAUAACAUCACAAAGUUACAAGCAAAGUUUGAACUUUUAUUUUGAAAGUUCGAACACCGGAAAUUACAAUGUAACUGCUGCCAGCUUAAAAUGCACACCACCAAACGCUACAGUUAGCCAUCAGUUUGACUCGAUAUAUAUCACUCUGUAAAAUGUAAAUAUACAUUUGGAUGAGGCAGAAUUAAUCUAGUUGUUUUUGUGAGCAUUUCGGUGUAAAAACAGAACACCGAAACUUCAGUUUUUGUUGAAAGCUGCUGACGGUGUAACGAACAUUUCUGUUUACCGGACGCAAGAUGUGCUAAGGUGGGAAACGAUGCCCUCUUUUGAAUUAUUGGAUAAGGUGGAGCAGUUUGUGCGAACAGGAACGUAUCCUGUAGAUGCAUCAAAGAGUUCAAAGAAAGUAACCAGAGCUGCAAGCAAAAAAUUCCUCUAUAAAGAUGGCCGUUUAUGGCGCACUUAUCGAGGCCGGCUGCUCCGCGUUGUCAGGAGCGAUGAGGAAGUUAGGGAGGUUAUGAUCCGUUACCAUGACAACAACAACCAUGCCGGACGGGUCCGGGCAGUAAAGGAGAUUAUGAUGAUGUUUUACUGGGUUGGAGUGACAGAGUCGGUAAAGAAUUGGAUUAAAGAUUGCGUUGUUUGUCAGAGACAGACUCCUACCAAAACACCAGACCCACCCGUCCAGUUCUGCCUGGCCUACGGCUGCGAUGCCUCAAGCUACGUUUACCCUGAGCUCAGCUUCCACAGGUUUCCGAAGGAGGUGGAGCAGCGACGAAGAUGGCUGGCGGUGGCUCAGAGGGAUGAAGGCUCGCUACGCACAAGGUCUUGCCUCUGCUCGAGACACUUUGAUCCGUCCUGCUUCACCCUGAGCGAGGAGGGUCAGCUGACUCUAUCACCAGACGCUGUACCCACCAUCAUCCCUGUGACAGUACAGGAGCAGGAGGGUCCUGUCACUUCAGAUGAGGACUUCCUUCGCUCAAAAAGUCUGGAAGAAAUCCUCUCCACAGCUGCUGCUGCUGCUGCUGCUUCACGAAGCAAGGACACCUCUGACCUGGCCUUUGAUCAAUCGUCCAUGGAGAUUCAUGAACACCAGUACUCCCUCCCACCUUCUGACCAGGACGCCACGUCGGUCCAGACACUCAAGGUGUACAAGAAAAGGCAGACCGUCAUCGAGUCAAGCUUUCAAACCUACAACCAAAUCGCCAGGUAUCUGAGCCACAGGGUUUUACCAAUGCAAAGCAAGAUAAAAAGAGGGUCUCUAAAACGGAUGGCCAAGCGCUUUGCCCUAAUAGAUGGAGUUCUGAUGUUCACACGAGUCUCUCCUCCUCUCAGAGUGCCGCGCAGCAGAGAGGAGGUAAACUCGAUCCUGCAGCAGUUUCAUGACAACCAGGGUCACUACAGCCAGGGAAUCUGCCAGAAAGAGAUCUCAAAGCACUUCUACUGGGCCAGCAUGACCCGAGACCUGUCCCGCUGGAUCUCCAGCUGCAACACCUGUACCAGCAGAACCAAGAGGAAGUGGCUCCGCUGCAGCAUCAAAAACUGCACCAACUGCUGCGGUCCGGUGGAGAGAGGCCUCGGCCUCACCUUCCAUAAGUUUCCUCUUCACAACAAUGCCCUGCUGUCUCAGUGGCUGAAAGCGGUGGGUCGUUCUAACUGGCAUCCUCGUCUCUGGUCAUCUGUCUGUUCGGUCCAUUUCACCGAGGACUGCUUUGACCGCAGCGGGGAGAGGAUCAUCCUCCACCCUGACGCUUUUCCCACCCUCGUGGUCCACAGUGACUCAGCAACUUUGUCUAACGGUCCAGCCCAGCCUGCUGUCGGGGAUGAGUGUGAGCAGGCCUAUUUUGCAAAGUACGAUGCGGUGGAUCUCUACCUGCGCAGACGCACCUAUCCUCAUGGACUGAGCUACGUAGAGAAGAACACCUUCAGGAGGUUUUGCAAGCAGUUUACAAUCAAAGAUGAAGAGCUCCACAUGGUGAGGGGAGAGCGGGUGCGUUUGGUUCUGAGGAACAGACAGCAAGUGGAAACGGCCCUGUUGGAUUAUCACAACGAGCUGAACCACCUGGACGUCAACAAGUGUCUCAGGCUGCUCAAUGAAAGGUACUUCUGGAAAACCAUGAGAUCUGAUGUGGUGAAGUGGAUCAACAGCUGCUCGCAGUGCAGCAGGAAGAAGAAGCCGAAACCAGACAACCGAACGGGAGCAGGAGGAUCGAACCUGAAGGAGCUGAGAUCACCUCAGAUACACAGUGAUUUCGACAGUGGGAAGGAUGAUGAUGAUUACAGUCAUGAUGAAGAGGCUGACGAUGGAGAUGUUGAUGACGGUGCUGAGAGUGUUGGUGAUGACGAGAGGAUGCCAGCAACAAACUCAGAGAACAGAGUGGAGAUCUCUCUGUCCCAGCAGCAUGAAACUCCCGCCAAACCUCAACCCAGAAUUCCCAUCCUCCUUCAUCUAAGAAGUCCUGUCAACCUCCAGCCCAAAACUCCCAUGAUCUUCCAGAAUAAGACUAAUAACACCAGCUUUGUGGCCAAAGUCUGGACUAUCAAUACAGCGACUCCUCCCCAGCCUGAAGCUCAGAUGGAAACAAACAGCUCUGACAUUCAUCCUGAAAACCUAAACUGUGUCCAGGUUCCAUCAGAGGUAAAGACACAACUUCAGGACCAGAACAGAACAAGAAGUUCUCAAGGCAGCGGCAGAACGCGGUACGUCCAGGUUCAUGUCAUAUCUAAAGCACGUGAUCCAGCAGCAGCAGCAGCAACAAAUCCUCCUGAAGCCACGAGCAAGCAAAGUCAAAGCAGUAGGCAAAGGACAAAGUCCAAGUCUCAAAUAUUGACAGAAAUUUGUGGUGGUGUCCAGAGGGCGGAGAAGAGGAAGAAAGACCUUGCUGGAGGUUCUUCAGCUAAGAGGAGCUCCAGCUGUGGUCUUGAGCCUGUGAAGGCCUUGAGCACCAAACCCUGGCCCGUCUUCACCGUCUCUGGUUCUGCUCCGACACAGGCAGCCAGACUCUCUCCUGAGGUGGACAGCCCCGCUACUGUUCGGAGGCCGAGGAGACUUCAGGCUCGGACGGUCAUCCAGCAGUGCAGUCAGGCGAAGGUUAAGAUCAGACCAGCCCUGGACGGGGCCGACGCUCAGUGGGCAGAGAUCCAGGACGGGAUGGUUGUGUAUGUGAGCUUCUUCCAGGGAGCCACUGAGGACGUCACUCAUGAAAUGGCGAGAACUCUGAUGACCACAAAAAUUUUCCGAAAAGACACCAGACACUUGGUUUCCAUUCUCGACCUUCCAGGGAGCGUAUUAUUCGUCCCUCAGGACUCUCUGGUCGGCGAGCCGGCGAGCGCUAAGAGACGGAUGCAGUACAAAGGUGGGUGUGAGCCGUGGUGGGGCGCCCAGCUCUUCUCAACCCUGGUGUCCGGCUGCAGAGAGCUCAUGUUGGGCUCAGUGAAGUGCGCGAAGGCCGGCGUUCAGCUGGAGCAGGGAGUCUACGGACAGAAACAAGAGAUCGUCCUGAACUCUCUGGAGCCGCUGACGGUCCUGCUCGAGUUUUGAGGUCAACGUGAACAGGACUUGUCUUGAGAACACUUUCUGAACAUUUUCCAAGUCGGUUGUCUGGUUCAUGAAACUUUCACCCAGGAGGAAACACACCAAAAGUAAUGUUGAUAUUCUUUGUAUUAACUGUUGUCUGAUGUAAUAAGUCAAAGGCCUUAUGCAGAGGUGGAGAAGUCUGUCUCCUUCUCUCAAAAGGUUUUUUUUUACGCUGGUAAAGAAGCCGACAACAGAGCCAAACUUUGACUUUAAUGUCUGCAAACAACUUGAAAAUCCAUCGCUCCUCAUCGACAUUAAGAUAUAAAAGUAAAUCCCUGUUUUGUGAAUGAAGUGAUGCACAAGCUGAAUUUGUGCCCUUGGUUCCUCCAAACAAACAACAGCUUUAUUACCUGAGUUAACAAAACAUUCUUGGUCUCUAGAAAAAGUUCCUGCAGUACAAACACCUUACUGGAGCGUUUUGUGCUUUAUUUCUCUUCUUAAUGACAUGAAGUCAUUUUUUCUGUUUUAAGUCAUCAUGGUAGUCCCGUUACAGCAGAUUGUUUUAUUCUCUUAAGAAGAAAAAGACACUUCCAACGUAACAGCAUGAAUGUGUUCAUGAGUGCUUCCAAUAUUUGUACCAAAAUAAUCAAAUAUUGAAGAGGAUGUCAUCUUUUGUUUAUAUUGUUUAUACUGUAUAGUUGAGGGUGAAAUAAAGCUCAAUAUUAAUACUA